AUGUUCGCCGCCGCGUCAACUUCACCGCUGGUCUCCCUGUUCUCUUCAUCAUCUUCAGAACCCCUGGCACUGUUUAGUGUGAAUACAGAUCCAAAUCUACCUUCAGAUUCGUUCGCGCAUCUACUGGACGAUGCUACAUCUCAACCGGCGCCACCCGAAUCUGUAUCUCUGAUCUCGCCGCAUCCUCUAGACUCGGAACGAGGCAAGGGCCGUGAGCUCACACAGACCGUGCUGCACCUGCAGUCUCCCACUCUACGGACGACGUAUAUUCGCUGUCCGCCGGAACGGGAAGAUGUGGCCGAUCUUGGGCUGGGGCUUCCCCAGCUCCAUCUUCAAGUCAGGAACUUGGGUCGCGAGUGGUCUUUCGAGGUUGGAGUGGUGGAUGUGAUGGGAAGGAGAGGAACGAUCCGUUGCUCGACGUUUCAGAAACGUCCUUGUCUCAAGCACGGCGCGUCCCGAUAUCCGCUCUUGCACCUGCCGCUGUCCUUCCCGAAGGCAUCGAGCACACCUCUGACGACAUGGACGACAGUCUCCAUACAUCUUCCGUCUCUGAUGGCCCACUUCUCGUCGCCGGCGUUCGAGGAAACAGAAGAGGGUUAUAGCGAUGGACGGCUGGCUCUUCCGCGAGGUCGCUACUCGCACUCGUCCUACAUUAAGGUGUACGCUACAUGCCGGCUCCGUCGCAUCUGGUUCAGUCAGGGUGCAGGUAGCGCAGCCGCUGAGAAACCUUGGGAGCUUCAACUUUACUCAGAAGAUUGA